CGUUCGUCAGACUAGCCCCUGCCUUCUCAGUAGAAGCCGCCGUCUCAAGCAAGACCAUGAGGAUCCUGUUGGUUUCCCUGCUCAUCUGCGCUCUUGCCGGUGCCUGCAUAGCCGGACUGGUCGGAUACGGAGGAGGAGGAGGCUACGGAGGCGGUGGCUACGGCGGUGGUCAUGGCUACGGCAAAUCGCUGCCGGGACCAUCCUUCCUGAUCAAGACCUUGCACCACGUUAGCAAAGUGAGCCACGGAGGACCCAUCCUGAGCAACUACGACCUCGGAGUCGCUUACGGACACGGGGGCGGCGGCUACGGCGGUGGCUACGGACAUGGAUGGCACUGAAUCCGGGAGACCUAGUUAUGCAGGAGACACCGUACGCUGCGUCUGUGGAGCGGCCGUGUGUGCAGAAGCGUUGCAGCUGCUACAUGCCGCACGAGAGCUCGUCCUCUUCGUCCGAGACAGGUCGUCUCAUAGUCAACGCGUGUCGGUUGGCGAAAACUUGCCCCGUACGCGAGCAAAGGAGAUGUUGCACUAGAAAAGAUGUUUAAGAAAGUCUACGACAACCGACAAUGAUCAGUGUACGAAAACGUAACCAGGCAAACUGUAUGUAGUGAUUCGAGAACGAAGUGCCACAGCGUUCCACAACAAUGCCAACGUCUUCUGAAGUGUAUAUUUUGUACAGAGAAAACGAAAUUGAGUAAUAAAGCAAGUGCACUGAAAAUGUCCAGAAA